AUGGUCUCUUGGUCACAGUCCGAACGGAGUACUAUUGAAGAUCUCUGGGACAAAAUCAAUGUUGAUGAGAUCGGGCCUCAGGCCCUGGCAAGAGUACUAAUUGUCUACCCCUGGACUCAGCGCUAUUUCGGAAAAUUUGGAAAUUUGAACAGUGUUCCUGCCAUCCUGGGGAACUCUGAGGUCAUUGCCCAUGGCAAAGUCGUGCUGAAAGCUUUGGACAAGGCAGUGAAGGACCUGGACAACAUCAAGACGACUUACAAGAAUCUGAGCAAACUCCACAGUGAGACACUCAAUGUAGACCCCGAUAAUUUCAGGCUUUUUGCUGAUUGCCUAACUAUUGUGAUCGCGACCAAAUUCGGACCCGAGUUCACCCCUGAAAUUCAGGCUACAUGGCAGAAGUUUCUGGCAGUCGUGGUCGCUGCUCUGAGCAGUCACUACUUCUAA